CGGUCAUACUGUCUAUAGAAAAAACGCAAACGCAAACCCAAACGCAAAAGCGUAUAAAAAAUAUAUAUUUAACCAUUUCUUUAAUUUAUUAGUUUGUUAGCUCUACAUAUAUAUAUCCGUUCAGCAAACCGCUGUAGUCUCGGACUCUCGUACUCAACACAAUUAUGGGCAGCGCGCUGGAAAACUAUGUGAAUCAGGUGCGCACAGUGAGCGCAGCGGGCAACUAUCGGGAACUCGCUGAUGAGUUGCCCGAAUCGCUGUCGCUGCUCGUGCGUAACUGGAGCAUAUUAGACAAUGUGCUUGAAACGCUGGACAUGCAGCAGCACACGCUGGGCGUUCUCUAUGUGCUGCUCGGGAAAUUGCAUAGCGCCGGCACCGCAAAUCCGGAUUCGACACAAAUCAUUCAACUGAUGCGCGAUUUCAUGCAACGCUGCAAUGUGGAUCAACUGCGCUUCGCCGUCUGUCCCUUCUAUGAGCUGUGCCAUGUGUUCACCGAUUAUCUAGUGCAGAAGAAUCUGAGCAUAUUGGGCAUUAAGGUGCUGUCGCGUGCCAUUGAUCUGAUUCGACACAUGGACACCCAACUAACGCCCAUCCACGCCGAUCUCUGUCAGCUCAGUCUGAAGGCGAAAAACUUGAAUGUGGUGCUGCCCUAUCUGGAUACGGAUAUCACCGACAUCUCCACCGUUGCCGCCGAAUGCAAGAAUCAGCAGCAACAACAACAGCAACAGCAGCCACAGCACACGCUGGAUGCCAACAAUGAUGCAAAGUACUUUUUGCUAUAUUACUAUUAUGGCGGCAUGAUCUAUACGGCUGUUAAGAACUACGAGCGUGCCUUGUAUUUCUUUGAGGUGUGCAUCACAACGCCAGCGAUGGCCAUGUCCCACAUCAUGCUGGAGGCAUACAAAAAGUUUCUCAUGGUUUCACUCAUAGUCGAGGGCAAGAUAGCGUAUAUACCAAAGAACGCGCAGGUUAUUGGACGCUUUAUGAAGCCGCUGGCGAAUCAUUAUCAUGAUUUGGUCAAUGUGUAUGGCAAUGCUUCGAGUGAGGAGCUGCGCAUCAUUAUACUCAAAUACAGUGAAGUAUUUACGCGUGAUAAUAAUGUCGGACUGGCCAAGCAGGUGGCGACAUCCUUAUAUAAACGAAACAUCCAGCGUCUGACGAAAACAUUUCUCACACUCUCCUUGUCGGAUGUCGCCAGUCGUGUCCAGCUGCCCAGUGCCAGCGAAGCGGAGCGCUAUAUCUUGAACAUGAUCAAAUCUGGAGAGAUCUUUGCGAGCAUCAAUCAAAAGGAUGGCAUGGUGCUGUUCAAGGAUGAUCCCGAGCAAUACAAUCUGCCCGACAUGUUCCUCAAUGUGCAAACGAACAUUACCCAGGUGCUCGAUUUGGUUAAGCAAAUCAACAAAAUGGAGGAGGAAAUCAUAUUGAAUCCGCUGUAUGUGAAGAAGGCGCUGGGCAGUCAGGAUGAGGAUUUGACGUCACAGCACCCCAAGACCUACUCGGGCGAUCCCACGGAUUGAUGUGUUACCGAACUUCCCUAAAAAAAAAAAAAAGAGACAACCACAAAUAGCAAAGAGGAGCAGGAGCAGGAGCAGAAAUGGAAACAGUAGCAGAAGCAGGAGCCAAGCACAGCUGCGCCAACAAUUUGCUAAAUUUAUAGAUGAACAAUGCUAUUUUAAAUAAAAACUAAUUGUAUAAAUCAAA